UUGAACCUCACAGUCUGUUUCUCAACGCCGCUCGCCUCCCUUGUCUCCUCAUCGCCGCUUGGCUCCCCCCGCCGUUUCUCAGCGCCUCAUCUCGUCCCAGACGAUCGUCACUCAGCAGAUAGAUAUGACUAAGAAGCACAAAAAGGAUAUUGUCGAUGUUUCAGUGGAGGAAGAUGACGAACUGCAACUCCAAACAGACAAGGAGGCGGAAGGAUAUUCAAAGAAGAAGCAUAAGAACAAGAAAAUUCGCAAGAGAGAGGAGAGGAUUGAGGUCAAAAUUGAGACCGUCCAUGGAAGUUCCGACAAAUCCUUACCUUUAAUCGGAUAUUUUCCAUCUGGAUAUGACCCGGAGAAGCGCCAACGGGAUGAAGAACCGAGGGUCAGGGUUUUAAAAAACAUGAAACGUAACCAUAGGUACCAACUUGUUGUGAGCCCUAACCAAUCUUCUACGGUGGAGUUCGUCGGUACUAAUUAUUCCGGAGAAGCGGCGGCUCCUCAGAUCUGUUCUUAUGCUCUUGGGGUUCUCGAUAAGCAGAGCCAGACGCUGAAGAUUGUUCAGAUCGAAGCAAACAAGAUCUUCAGAUUGGAGCCAAGAUUUGGGGAUCAAGAUAAUGCUGCAGAUGAAGCUCCCAACGUGGCAGAAAAUGAAGUGACAAAGGAAGAUACUGAAGCAAAAUUCAACUUCUCAACUAAGAAGUCAGAACGAGCGGCCAAGAAAGAACGAGCUCUACGUGCAAACCGUGAUCCAGAGGCGCAGGAAGAUCUAAAUAAGAAGAUGGCCGAUGCGAAGGUUAACACAGAAGCUCUUGAAGUUAGUGCAGCAACUACGAGUAGCGCUCGUAAUAUCCCACCUCAUGAUAUAUCAGCAACUAUGCCUCAGCAGGCUUAUCCACUAGAAAAGAUCAUCUUAAAGGGAGAGUGGAGAUAUCUUUUAGAUAUUGCUGAGCUUUUGCAAGAAGGGAAAGAUAUAACACCUGCAGCUUACCCGGUCUUUGUUUGUAACAGAGUUCACAAGAUCGACGAGGUCAAGGACGAGGAGGCGAAGGAGAGCCUUGCUUGUAUAUUCUCGUACAUCACUCAUCUUAUCAAGUUCAAGGAUAAGAAUUCCAUGGAUGGAUUCUCGGCCGCAAAGAAUCAUAAACUGCCUAACAUAUUGACUCAGAAGUUCAACGACAUGUUUGCUAAUCCGGAUUCAAAAAGACUUGCCGAUGAUAAAAGGGAUCUUCUUAUCAGCUACGUUUUGGUGCUUACUCUUUAUGUUGAUAACUUCAAAACCGAAUUCUCAGAUAUCGCUAAAGAUCUCCGAAUGUCAACUGGUGCAUUGAGGCGCCAUUUUGAACAUCUGGGAUGCAAGUUUAUUCGAGAAAACAGCAUAAUGUUGGCCACGCUUCCUGCUCCGCUGAAGUUUCCCGAAGUGAGGAUGAGGCGCCGACGAUGAACGUGAAUUCGCUUGGUGUUCAUCAAAAGACUUGAUUUCUGCAAGUUUUUAGCAGUUCUUUUUUAUCAGAAAUUUCAUGUAAUCUGAAUUUGGGAACUUUCAAGUUUGACAAGAAAAAUGGCCUUCUGUGUUGCUAUUUUUGAACCAUACGGCGAGCAUGUUCGGUUUUAUACAAUAUAAUCAAAUUUUCAUUUC